GGAGCUGCUGCUGGACGAACCCUACUUCAACGUUCCGUCUGUCAUCGACGAGCUCAGCAGUAAGAGGGUGCUGACCACCGAGCUGGUCCCCGGCUUCCCCCUCGAUAAAGCCGAGGCACUGGAUCAAGAGACCAGGAAUGAGAUUUGUGCCAACAUCCUGAGGCUGUGCUUGCGAGAGCUGUUUGAGUUUAGGUACAUGCAGACUGACCCCAAUUGGUCCAAUUUCUUCUUUGACCCACACAGUCGGAAGGUUUCCCUGCUGGACUUCGGAGCGACUCGGGAGUUUGACAGCUCAUUUACAGAUGAGUACAUUGAGGUUAUCCGAUCGGCAGCAGAGCGCGACAGAGAGACUGUCCUGAACAAAUCCAUUCGGCUGAAGUUCCUGACCGGCUUGGAAACAAAGGUCAUGCGGGAGGCCCACGUCGAGGCGGUGAUGAUCCUGGGUGAGGCGUUCUCCUCCUCGCUGCCGUUUGACUUUGGCUGCCAGACCACCACACAACGCAUCCAUGACAUCCUUCCCAUCAUGCUUCGCCACCGCCUCACUCCGCCCCCCGAGGAGACCUACUCGCUUCACCGCAAGAUGGCGGGCACCUUCCUGAUCUGCUCGAGGCUGAAGGCUAAGCUUCCCUGCCAACCCAUGUUUGAGGAGGCCUACGACCAGUACUGGAGCAGGUCCUGUGGGCGGCGGGAGGUUGGAGGUUAACCGGGAGGUGGGUCAACGAGUGCCCAACGCCACCUCCCCUCCAAACGCGGCUCUGUCCCAAUCCCUGUGACGCUCUGUCCCACUCCCCCCAUCUGACUCCCCCACCCCUUGACCUCCCAUCGCAGACCCACCUGGACUGUGCUGCCUUGAUGUGGGGUCAUGCCAAGGGUUCCAUCGUUUUUGCGAAAGGGCAUUGCAUCCCUUAAUCCAUGCUGUCCCCCAACCUCCCCACCCGAUGCCAUUUGUUGCCUGCGGGUUGGGCAUAUGUGCGUUGGCAAGGGUGUGAGGGGUGAACGACACGCAGUGACGCUCUGUGUCAUGCCUCUCGUAUUUCGGUUACCCACACACAGUCCCAUGUCCGAUCGGCACACCUCGCAGAUAUCGGCAAUGGGAGCCAGGGUGAUCCAUUGGGAAAGAGUACAAUGGGAGGGGUUUAGGUCCAUUGGGAUUAUGUACAAUGGGAGGGAUUGGGAAAAGGG